AUUUUAGAACCAGGCGCCAGUCUCCCUAAUCUAUCUCCUCACAUGUCCAUUUCACGUUACCAAAGAUGUCGUCCCACUUAGAUCGUAACCCUGGAGUGCCGCUGGAUUUAGAGUGGGUAAGCAGAGCAAGAGUUAAUCUUCCUGCAGUUAAACGACGCGCAGACACGCUGAAAAAUCGCCGAUCGGUAAAGAAGCAGUGGCAAGCGGCUUGGCUUCUCCGAGCAGUGACCUGCAUAGAUUUAACAACUCUGUCAGGAGAUGACACAGCGACCAAUGUGGCUCGAUUGUGCUUCAAAGCACAAAAUCCAGUGAGACAGGACUUGCUGGAAAGCAUGGGUAUGGCAGACAAGGGAAUAACCACAGGUGCGGUUUGUGUUUACUCAUCCCGCGUUCCGGACGCUGUCAAGACUCUGGAGGAUAUUAACUCCGAGAUACCAAUUGCCUCAGUGGCCGCAGGAUUCCCAGCAGGUCAGACUCCACUCAAGCAAAGACUAGAGGAAAUAGAGACAGCUGUUGCUUCAGGUGCCACAGAAAUUGAUAUUGUUAUCAGCCGAGCAUUCGUGCUUGAAGGAAACUGGGAGGCACUCUACAAUGAAGUGCAGGCAAUGCGCAAGGCUUGCGGAGAAGCCCAUCUAAAAACAAUUAUUGCCACAGGUAUUUUUUAAACUUGAAUUUUGUCAUAGGCAAUCAGGCUUUCCUGUAAAUAAUAGUAUAUCAAAGUUACUUUAUUUCUGACAAUGAACUGACAACUGGUUGACAAUUUCAAAAUCUCUGCUCGCAGGUGAAGAUUACUUUACUCGUCACCUCUGAGUUAAACAAAUCAGAGAGCACUUACAAGUGCAGUACAUGUAAUUAUUGAACCUCUUGCUUGAGAUUUGUGCAAGCUGUAGGAGGUGUGAUUGACUAGUUUUAUUUUAUUGUUCUGAAUCUACCAUAACUAUUUAUACUAUUGAACAAAGGAUAUUGAUAAAACUCUAAGGAGGGGUAUUGUUGAUUCCCUUUGGUAAUUUGUUAUUGUACGGAAAAACUGUAUAUUUGUUCAGAGGGUCUCUACUGAUAAAUAAAGAUACUAAAACUUGGACAUUCCACCAUGGAAGUCUGCCAAUUUUUGAGUUAUUUUUUUGUAAAAAGAAUACCUCU